AGCCUUGAAAUGAGGCCUUUGUUUUGAAAGGGACAACCGGAAGCCGUGUCUUCAGUUAUGUAUGGCUCCACAAGCAGAUUCAACAGAUUUCACACUGUUGUCAGCGACUCAACUGAGACACGAAGGGAACGUUUAAGGACAGCUGACAGCUUACAGAAACUGCUAUGACAUCUCGCAGGUGGUUCCACCCAAACAUCACCGGAAUUGAGGCAGAGCAGCUCCUGCUGACCCGGGGCGUCCAUGGCAGUUUCCUGGCCCGACCCAGCAAAAGCAAUCCAGGGGAUUUCACCCUCUCUGUCAGGCGUAACGAUGAGGUGACUCACAUUAAGAUUCAGAACUCGGGCGACUACUACGACCUGUAUGGAGGUGAGAAAUUUGCCACGCUGGCCGAGCUGGUGCAGUAUUACACCGAGCAACAGGAUCUCCUGCGUGAGAGGAACGGCCAUGUUAUCGAGCUCAAGUACCCCCUGAACUGCAAGGAUCCCACCUCGGAGAGGUGGUAUCAUGGGCACCUCUCCGGACGAGACGCAGAGAAACUGCUCACAGACAAAGGCAAGGCUGGCAGUUUCCUAGUACGGGAGAGCCAGAGUAAGCCAGGUGACUUUGUCCUCUCAGUUCUCACCAAUGAGGAGAAACACGAGAAUGUGGACCGCAAGACCAAGGUCACCCACGUUAUGAUUCGCUACCAGGAUGGUAAGUAUGACGUGGGUGGAGGUGAGAGGUUCGAUACUUUGGCUGACCUGGUGGAUCACUACAAGAAGAAUCCCAUGGUAGAGAAAAGUGGCAUCGUAGUGCAUCUCAAGCAGCCAUUUAAUGCCACAAGGAUAAAUGCAGCCAACAUUGAGAACCGGGUACGAGAGCUCAACAAAGUAGCAGACAACUCAGAAAAGCCCAAACAAGGAUUCUGGGAAGAAUUUGAGGUACUUCAGCAGCAGGAGUGCAAACUGCUGUAUCCCCGGAAAGAAGGUCAGAAGCUCGAAAACAAGAGUAAAAACAGAUACAAGAAUAUCCUCCCCUUUGACACAACUCGUGUUGAAAUCAAGGAAGCCGAUCAAGAUGUUCCUUGUUCAGACUACAUCAAUGCCAACUACAUCAGAAGUAUGCAUGAAGAGGGGCGCCAUGUGGAGGAGGGCAAAGUCUUCAUUGCCACCCAGGGGUGCCUACAGAAUACAGUCCUGGACUUCUGGAAGAUGGUCUAUCAGGAGAAUACACAUGUCAUUGUAAUGACCACAAAGGAGGUGGAGAGAGGCCGGAACAAAUGUUUCCGUUACUGGCCUGACCGCCAUGGCCCUAAGGAGUUUGGGAAGAUACUAGUGAAGAAUGUGGAUGAGCAGCCAGCACAGGACUAUAUCCUGAGGAAGCUGGAGGUGACCCAUCUGGACCGGAAGGAACCUCUGAGGUACAUCUGGCACUAUCAGUACUUGACCUGGCCAGACCAUGGGGUGCCCAAUGAGCCCGGUGGCGUCCUCUGGUUCCUAGAGGAGGUCAACCGUACCCAAAGCUCCAUUCCAGACACUGGGCCCAUUGUCGUCCACUGCAGUGCAGGCAUCGGGAGAACAGGCACAAUUAUUGUCAUUGACAUUCUCAUCGAUGUUAUAAACCGGCAAGGUCUAGACUGUGACAUCGACAUCCCUAAGACCAUCCAGCGCGUACGGCAGCAAAGGUCAGGCAUGGUGCAGACAGAGGCCCAGUAUAAGUUCAUCUACAUGGCUGUGCAGCAGUACAUAAACACAGCUCAGAUGAGACUAGAGGAGGAACAGAGGAAUAAGAUGAAGGAGAGGGAAUAUUCCAAUAUCAAAUAUCCACAGAUGACCAACUCAAGGUCCAAAACCAACAUGGCAUCCUCGCGCUCUUCUGUGAUGACAAAUGAUGAUUCAUCGAGUGUGUACGAGAACAUAAACUUUAAAAGCCCUCAGACGUCUUUUAGCAGUAACACCAGGCGGUAGAGCCGUUGGGCCCUGCACAUCUCUCUCUCUCUCUCUUUGCUUUCGGCCGAGGUGUCGCUUUGUCAGCGCCUGAAAAUCCCUUGGGGGAGGAGGGACUGUCGUGCUCUGACUACACUCCAGAUCAGUGGACCAUGACUGGGCUAAAAGUGACAAGCUGCCUCCUCUCCCGCUGGCCCUCUCUGUCUGGGAUAAAACCUCACCUUCCAUGGAGAGAAGGACUGUACAGCGCAGCGCUAGUGCUCAGGGCGUCUGUGCUCCCCCGGCUCUCCCCACUUUGUUCCAGCCGCUCAUUUUCUUAACCAGCAAAAGUGCCUUGUGACUCCACAGACCUGCUAUUAAAUCUCUUCUGUUACUACUUUCCAAACUCUGGAAACUCAAGCUGACAUGAGAAACAAUCAGUUUUUUUCUUGGGGUGACAGAUCUGAACAUGGAGCCUGUCCUGGCCUGAAAUAAACAGAGCUGUGUAGGACCCCAAAAGAGGUCAAGCUGUUUGUCCAAUCAUUCGCUCUGUCUCUUUCUCUGUCUUUGCUGGCUGUCAUUUGAAGACCUUUUACUGCAUUUUGUAUCUACAAGGGCAGUUACAUAACCUGCUACAAGGCCCUUAGGCACAGCGAGCAGGGGGCAAGUGAUUUUAAUAUUGUGUGUAGAAGUGGACUUAUUCUUUUGGAGAUUUGAUUGAUUGUUAGUGUGGUGGUUUAAGAGUUGUAUUUUGAUGUCCUGUACUGUUACGAAUGUAAAUCGGCUGUUCUAUUGUUGGAGAUCACAUCGCUUGUGUGUGUCCCCUGAACGUGGCCUGCAUUGGUCUCACUUUGAGCCCAGUCUGGGUCAUGAAAAUUGUUAUUGUUUGUCCAUCCUUUUUAAUCAGUUUCUUUUGAUUAUUUCCAGGAGUAUUUGCUGAUUCUGUUGGUAUCAUGGUAUUUAUGAAGGAGCUUAAUGAUGGAAGAGAUGUUUAAGCACAGCUGUCUAAGCAACAUCCCCAGCACUAUGAAAUCUUUUUUUUGCAGGAAUGUUGUGGAGAGGAUUCCUCAAUGGGUGGCUGGGGUUGAGCUUGGCUGACCGCCGUCUCUUGGUUUCAUUUGACUGGAUGUCCUAGUUAAUCAGCAGGUCUGAUGCGAUUCAACAUCUGUUGGAGUUCGUCACAAGGAGACACGGGAAAGAGGGUGAUUACAGUGGGCCAGAUGGUCAUCUGUCAGAGAUUAAAGAAUAGAUUUGUCUCCAAAAAAUAAUUUAGAAGGUGGCUGUAAUCCAGGCUUGCUGAUAGUGGGUCUAGUAAGCUGGUGUCAGUGAUGUGGUAGUGCUGCAGGGAGCCCUCUGCGCUGUCUGCCAGAUCAUUCACUAUUUUCAGCAAUAAAAUAUCCUACCCAAAUACAAGAGCAGAUAUGCUGGUGAAAUCUGACCUAGCUUGUUUAAAAUGUAAUGACUUGAUAGUCCUAAAGACCUUAGAAAAACCUAUCACUCGCAAUAGAACCUUGUCACGAUGUGUUUGGUCUGCGCGCGCGCACACACACACACACACACACACACACACUCUCACAGGAUGAAAUCACUUUUUCUUCAAUCAUAAAUGAAAAAGCUUCUACAGCUGUGACUCUAGAGACGUCAUACAAAUCUAGCCAAGAGCAAUGACAAUGUAUUAACAGCGUUCAGUUAUGGCACUGAAAAACCCUGACAGUGUAGCCAGUGGUUUAUCAGACAACCCAGGUCUCAUCCAUAUAUAUCGGUGAGUUUGUCCACUUGGCCGACAGUUUGAAAACAUUUCCUCUUAAAGCUGUUAUCAUCUAUUGUAAUGAUUGGUUCUUUGUGUGAAAAAGCUAUGUAUUAUGUUUUUAAUUGCAUUGCUGCCCUGUGUCACUGAAGGCCUACAGUAUGUCUGUUAGAAAUGCUGCACCACUGGAUGUUCUUCAGUUGAAUUGGGAAUGUUUGAAUCCCUCUGAUUUAUUUUUGUUUUUUCCCCUUGUCCUGUUAUCGUCUGAACUGCGAACCUCAUCCAAUGAAUGAGAAAUGUCUGUGGUUUUGUUUUUGUUUUUCUGAACCAUCUUGUGCUGUGGAUGAUUUUUUAUUUUAUUUUUUCUUCUUAAACCUCACUUUGCCUCUUUGGGUCAGAUUGUCUAUGAUAUGGUGAAACAUCAAUACUUGAAAGCGUGACACUGCUGAAUCUCUGGUCUCAGGCUGUCUGGAUGUCAUGGAAGUAUUUUUGGUAGCGCACUAAAUUUUUGCCACCAGUAUUUUAUUUUAAGCUUAAUUUGUGUCAAAUUGUAUCUUUCUAAAUGACAGUUUUAUUCAUUCUUGUAUUUUGUUAUAUUACUAUGGUGUAAUUUCACCAUUGAUAAGUAAAUUCUGGCUUUGAGUUGAUCCAGUGUACGUGGAGGCAACAGUAUUUUCUUUCUGCUCGUCCUCUUUUACUUGAACAUGUCAGUAUAUGUUAUGAUGGCUUGUUCCACCGUUGGUUGUGGUAUGCCUGAAGUGAGUAGUGGCAAACUGAGUGUCUCCAUAUUGUCCAGUGGAGGUACGUCCCCUUUCGUCUUCUUUUUGCACUGGCUCUGCCUUUUUUUUGCUGUAUACACUCAAACUGCUGAUGCAGUGAGCUGCCUGAAAUGGCAUCAAAGUGGUUUAUUACAUAGUUUAAUAAAAAUCUGAGAGCACUGUGUAAAGUUGUA